AUGUCCUACGCGAUUGCACUGUACCAUCGUUUCAAGCCGGUCGACUGGAUUCUCUGUGACGUGCUCACCAGUCGCUACUGCGAUCCCGGGAAGAGCACUCAGGACUGUGUACAGAAAAAGUAUCACUACGAAAUUACUUCCGGAUCGUCUCAAUUUCGACACGUGGGAAGAAUUUCAUCAUUGAAGGGAAAGACUAAUCCUUCUCAGCACGAUGGUUUUGGCACGGGAGCUACGCAGGGUAAACGAAGAAAUCCGGCUGCGAAAGUGACCUCAUCUAUGCGCGCUAAAGAGUUUCAUGAUGCGCAGUUUGGUUACGACAAUUAUUUUGUUAUGUGGUUUCUGAAUGCCAUUUCUGGAGACUACGUAUCGGUGGCGUUCCACGAUGAAAUUUUCCUUACAGGUGUGAUGUUCAUGAGUGGCCUUCCACCUGUUCCUCAGUACAAACUUGGACCCGAGACUAUUGUCUAUGCAAUCAACAAAGCCAGUGAGAAAAUAGAGUUGGGACGAUUCUCUUCUAAAGGUGAUUUUCUGCUUCGACGCAAAGGAAUUCCGGUCACAGAGCUACGGAUAGAACUUACAGCAUCCCUCUUACACGAGAUUGUUAUUGAUCACAUUCUCAUCGAUACGCAAUAA